UGCUAUGCAGUGCAGCAAGUAGGUGUGAUUAGCUCAUUUGUCAUUAGUUGAAGCCAGCAAGAAACAGAAAGCAGAAGUCUGAGCACACGGAAGUAGCACCCUCCAAUUCUGAUUAGCUUCUCAUUUAUACCACGUUGUGGUAAGCUACAGGCUGCAUUGGCUCCCUUAACCUUUCUACAGGCGUGAAUGUAUUAACUCCUGUAUCCCUCGGAGAAAAAGGAACAGAAAACGUCUCUUCACAGAGGCUGAGUGAGAGAGAGAAGUAAUUCUGCAAACUACUAACACCACCACCAUGAAGGCAUCCAAUAUCCUCGUGCUCAUCUUACUCCUGCUCUGCAUCAAUGCCAGCACAGAAUGGCCUACGCACACGGUCUGCAAAGAGAGCAACUUGGAAAUAUAUUACAAAAGCUGCGAUCCUCAGCAAGAUUUUGCUUUCAGCAUUGACCAAUGUCCUGAUAUCCCCUCCCACACCUUUAACAUCAGAGGUGCUAUAAUCCUGAGACACAGCAUCAAGCGGUUGUAUGCGAAGAUUAAACUGAUCAUAAAUGGGAAAACUGUCUUAAGCUACUCGGAGCCACUUUGUGAGCCAGAUGACCCUAAACUUAUUUUCUGUGGAAAGAAGAAAGGAGAACAUAUCUACUAUGAGGGACCAGUCACACUGGGAAUCAAAGAAAUCCCACAGGGAGAGUACACUAUUUCAGCAGUGCUGACUAAUGAAGAUGGCCUCACUGUCGCUUGUGCUGAUUUUAAUGUGAAAAAUUAUUUAGAUUAUUAUUAGCAACAAAUAAACAAUGUGCCCAAAGCCUUUAAUUAAAUUUACAGAUCACCAAAACUGCACAAUCCAAGUGAGCUACUUGCAUGCUACAAUGAUUUUGAAGGAAAUAAUUCCCACAUGGUAGUUUGAAUACUAUUUCUCUUUGUAAUUCUCUCUUUUCAAGAUGUCAGUAGACCCUCUAGUGGCAAUCUUAUCUGUAAAUGCACACUGUAACCCACUUUUUGCUUCUAACAUACACAGUUGCAAAUAGCGGUUGAUACCAGCAUUCUGGUUUCUGAAUGAAAACAGUACCAGGCAGAACAGGUGAGAGCCUAAACAACUUUUUGCAACGAGUCAUGGAGGCAAUGUUUUUUUAACUCAUGCUAAAGACAAUGUUCAUAUGUAUUACCUAUUGAAUGGUUACAGCACUCCACAUUUUCCAGUGUUCCUUAAGGACUGCCUGAAACCUCUGUUAGUAUAGAUUUUGUUACAGCCACUGAAAAAAGACCAAACAAUAUGGAUAUGCCUUUUUUUUUUCCACAGUAUUCCCUGUCCAGUCAUUUCACUCACAUCACUCCAGUCUUCAGAAGUCUAUUUUAAUUUCU